AUGUCCCUUCUUGAUCUUUUUCUCUACUCCUGUGUUUUUGUGCAAGCAUCUGGCGCCACCGUUACUAUAGACUCCGACCAUAUUGUGGUCAGAAUAAUAGACAACUUGCUUGCUCGUGGCUGUUCGGUAGAGGUAGGCGCCAUGGGAAUGCAAAAAAAUGUGCUCGUUUCCAUGUAUCACAGCCUCUACAGCCAAUCAAACAUUGACUUUCAUGCUAUAUUUCGACGACUCCUUCAAAGUGGCCUUCAAAGUCCACCUGAUCUAUUGGUCAACGGUGAAGUGACCGCGACUCCCUACUACCACCUUCUGGACUCGUAUGCGCGAUGGCGAGUACAAAAUCCUCAUGUAAAAUGGCCACCAAACUCUCUCAUUUCAAAGUUUCUUCUUCUCCUUAAUCUACUCUACUCAGGUGCUGCCUUCCUUCCAGACAUUCCAUGCACCGAUGAGCAAACCAUUGCCGCCAUAAUUGACGAAACCCACACAAGGAUAAUUACCCUCUUUAAGCUCAAUCCACUCUCUCUUUUCGCUCUCACUCGUUUGAAGGUACGACAGCUUUUUCCACGGAAAUAUUUUCGAGAGAUAAUAUCUCAUGGUUUGUGCACUUCUGUGCCCUUCUUUAAGACCAUUCGACAGAAUUUGCAAUCUGUACAUCAGAUGAAACAGCUCAUGGAGUGGUUAAGUAUUGUCCACACCCUACCCGACAACGUACGACACGAUUUGAUGUUUCUUGAACGACGCGCGCUAGACAAUGACUUGGCUUUUAUUCUUUUAAGUGAUAUAAAUAAAGAGGUUUCGUUCUAUGGAGCAUUUUGA